AUGCUCGCGCUCACCUUCACCUGCCGCGCGCUGCUGCUGGUCCUGCUGACGGAGUCGGUUCGGACCGAGAGGAAGCCGCCCUUCCUGAUCACAGAGAACAUGUGGCCUCGUGGCUGUGUGCUGGACUGCCACCGGGGGCGCCACCGAGCCGUGUGCGGCAGCAACGGCCGCCUCUACAAGUCGCUGUGUUCCUUCCAGAGGGCUCAGUGCAUCAACACACAGCUGCGUCUGGCCCCACAGACACACUGCUCAGACCCGCUGCAGACCAAGUGCCAGCUGGCCAGAGCUCAGGCCGUGGAGGCUCGAGGCCUCAGCAGCAGCAGCAGCUUCGGUCCGGCGGCGGCCAUCUUUGUCCCCGAGUGCAGCUCUGAAGGCCACUUCCUGCCCACGCAGUGCCACAACCAGACGGGCUACUGCUGGUGCUCCACGCCGGACGGGAAGCCGCUGAGCGGGACCACGGUGCUGCACCAGGUCCCCGACUGCUCCGAUCACAUGACCAGGCUGCUCCAGACCACCGAUGUGGACUCAGCUCCCAUCCAAGAUGAAGCCGGUGAACCUUCGCCGACGUUGGAACCAAAAAAACCUGCAGAGCUGACGGCGCCUCCGUUCUGGGUCACCAUCCUGAUGAACUCUGAGCCCAAAGGAAACCGGUCCGUCCGACGGCCCACCGACAGUCCUCUGACGUGUGAACGCGAGCGCUCCUCGCUGCUCUCUCAGAUCCGUCCGGCCUGGCAGGACGAGCGUUUUAUCCCAGAAUGCACUGCGGACGGACGCUACAGCUCCGUUCAGUGCCACGCUGCCACCGGUUACUGCUGGUGCGUCCGGGCGGACAGCGGGAGGCCUCUACCGGGAACCUCUGCACGGAAUCGUAUCCCAGACUGCACCGGGGCAGGAGAGGCGCCGACAGACAGGAGGCACAAGGAGAAGCCUCUACCUGGGUGUCCUGGAGCUCGUAAGAAGCAGUUCCUGAAGAGUCUGGUCAGAGCGCUGCAGCUGGAAGCAGAGCAUGCUGGGAGUCUGAGUCCACACCAAGCCUCGGACUCGCCUCCUUCCACCUCUCCAUCCUCUGAUCCUCCUCCAUCACCCUCCUCCUCUCCUCUGGGCGCCUCUGCUGCUCCGGAGGCUGAAGACUCCUCCGGGCCGGAGGCGGUGCUGCGAUGGCACUUCGGCCAGCUGGAUGUCGACUCCAGCGGCGUCCUGAGCGAACGCGAAGCUCGACCGCUGCGUCAGUUCCUGCGACGGAGGCUGAAGCCGAGAAGAUGUGCCAAGAAGUUUGCUCAGUACUGCGAUCGAGACGGAGACCGAGGCCUGACGAUAGAAGAGCUGAGAGUCUGCCUCGACCUCUGAGGGAGUCACAGGGCGGACGCUCCAGAGAGCAACGAGACGAAUCGGCUGAUAUCAACCGACAGCUCGUCUCCUCUCCUGAGCUAUUUAUUCAUCCAGGAAAUCAUGGAAAGGUCAUCCCAGCUCAGCUCAGUGUUUCCUCACAGUGCUUCAGGUGCAGCAGGUCUGGUGGUUAAUUUACUGUAUGUGUGAUAUAAACCACGGUGCAUCCUUCUUUGCUUCACUUUCAUCCUUUCCUCAAGCUACAGUCCUGCUCCUGAAUUUCCUGUUUUUUGGCUUCCUGUCAUUUCCUCUCGUUUCUUUCCCGUCUGC